CAAAGGAACUAAACGAUGAAGCUGUUAUGAGUGUCUUCUGUCUUUAGUCGAACGCGAUACCUACCUAUUUACAAAUUUUCUAUAUUUUAAACUAAGUAGACGUAAUUUGGAAUUCUAACCAAAGGGGAGAAAUUUAGUACAAAAAAGCUAAUUUCAUAUAAUGUAACAAUUAAAACAAUGACUACAAUAAAAAUAUUUCUUCCUGUUGUACCAAAACCCGAAAGAGAUGUAUAUUUCAAAGGCUAUAUAAAUAAAACUGAACUUCAGUCAUAUACCAUAAGUGUUAACAAAUAUGCUAACAAUAUCGAUGAUCUAGAUGAUAAGAAUAAAUUAACCAAUAAUGUAAUAUAUGGCCAACUCUGUGGAUAUCAGUCAAACAUGAUAGACAAAUGUAAAGGGUACAGCAGCUGGCUUCUUUUAGAACAGAAAGAAAACCUUACAAUACAUAGAUUAUUUAUUAACGGAAAUGAGAUCCAAGGUACAGAAAACUGUAUAUUAAUGCUGUAUGAUUAUGAGAAAGUGGUAAAUUCUGAAUAUAUAGAUCAAAAUAGUGACUUUUAUGUUUUUCAAAAGACAAUCAGGGCAGAUUAUGGCUGUGCACAAGAAGUGUCAAGUUAUACACCCUACCUUAAAAUUCCUGAUUGGCUCUCAUCAUCAAUGUUUAUACAACACAUUGUAAACUAUUUUAAUAUGUUGUAUUGGCUGGUCAUAUCAUUAAGGAAAAACAAGAAGAUAUUCAUCAGACAAGGAAAUAUAAUUCUAGCUGUAGCAGUGGACCUACUUUUGGGGUACCUUGCCUUGACUCUUCUGACCCAAUACAAAAUGAAACUUAGUUCAAAGCUGAUGGAAGUUUUAGAAGAGUUAAUAAACAUGUUGUAUACAUUACUGAAGUGGCUUAUGGGAUCACCAGCUGGAUUCAAACUCAAUAAAGAGUUUAAUAAAAUGCUUGGGAAAUAUUUUUCAUAUCAUGUUCAACUUUGGUGGCUUUUUUUAGAUGUCUCUGGUGAAAAAUUGGAUAUUAUUCUACAAAUAUAUCACUAUAUAGGUUAUUUGGGAUUUACAUUUCAAGCAGCUAUCAUAUCAGAUAUGAUUUGCAUAGCUACAUUCCAUUCUUAUUGUAUUUAUGUUUAUGCUGCAAGGAUGUUCAAUAUUCAAAUAUCUGGCCUGAUUGCAUUGUUGAGAUUCUUCGUUGGUCGCAAAUACAACCCGUUGCGGGGCGGAAUUGACUCCUGUGAAUAUACAAACCAAGAGUUGUUUGUGGGUACCGUGGCGUUCACAAUAUUGCUGCUACUGUUGCCUACUACGGCAAUGUACUAUUUUGUUUUUACACUGUUUCGGCUGCUAUCCUUGCUGGUGCAGUACACAUUGGCCAAAGUUAUAUACUUGGUGCAAACAUUUCCAUUAUACACCUUGACUUUAUGGCUUAUAGGAUCGCCAAAAGUCGGAGGGAACAUACGCAUGGAAGUUUUAAAUAAAGAGAAGAUGUCACAUCUAGUCAUUAGGCUGAGGCUGUUUAGGAAAUCCGUUUGGGACUUGGUGAACCACUUCCAGUCGCCAGUAGAUAUACCAAAACAAAUCCAGUGGGCGAACAUGCUUUCUAACAUUUGUGUUGGGAAGCAAAUAAUUUAAAUAAAUGUUAACAAUGUUUUAUUUUUUUCAUUUCAUAUUUAAAAAUGGUUACGUUUCCUUUGUUAACUAACUUAUAAUUACACGUUACUUACCUUAAAA